UGAUUCUGCUGGCCUGAACUGUAAAUAGUGUAACAACUUUGAAAAAGAAAAUGUAUAAACGAGUGAAAAUUUUCCCUCAUUAAACCACACAAACAUGAUGACCCUUCGGCCAACCCCAACUUAUUUCUUCUCUGAUGACCAAUAUUCUCUCUCCUACGCCAGCUCAAGAUAACGACAUGUUUGUGAAGAAAGAAAUAAAUAUCAUCUGCCCUUUAUAUACAAACUCUUGUUAACUACCCAUCUACUAGCUAAUACUUCAUUUGAUUUCAUUAAGUUGGUUAUUUUAUUCUUUUUUAUUUAAUUUGCAUACACAUUAGAAAGACAAAAAAACUUGCCAAAUCUUGAUUAAAUUGUUUAAGUUCUUUUAAUGGUACUGUCAUCAUCAUCAAUUUUAUUAAUUUGAGAUAUGAGCUGUGGCUGCUUUGGAAACCCAUUUUCCCAGAAGAAUUCUACUUCUUCCCUACAUAGCAGAGAAUUUGAGGGACAACUACUUGAUAAUAUCAGACAAUUCCACUACAAUGAGUUAAGAAUAGCAACGAACGAUUUCAGUUUGAGCAAUAAGAUCGGGCGUGGUGGAUUUGGAACAGUGUACAAGGGAAUUCUGAAAAGCGGGCUGAAUGUCGCUGUAAAAACACUUUCUGCUGAAUCAAAGCAAGGUGUGCGUGAAUUUUUGACCGAAAUCAAUACUAUUGCGAAUGUGAGGCACCCAAACCUAGUUGAGUUGAUUGGAUGCUGUAUUGAAGGAUCUAACCGCAUCUUAGUAUAUGAAUAUGCCGUAAAUAACAGUCUUGAUCGUGCAUUAACAGGUUAUACCAGUGACCGUAGUCGACUGAAUUGGGAUAAAAGAUCGGCUAUAUGUUCGGGUACUGCAAAGGCUCUUGCUUUUCUUCAUGAAGAACUUGUGCCACAUAUCGUGCACAGAGAUAUCAAAGCGAGUAACAUACUUCUUGAUAAAGACUUUCAACCAAAAAUCGGAGAUUUUGGGUUGGCUAAACUUUUUCCGGAUGAUAUCACUCAUAUCAGUACUAGAAUAGCUGGGACAACGGGUUACUUGGCACCUGAAUAUGCUAUGGGUGGUCAUCUGACAAUGAAGGCAGAUGUUUACAGCUUUGGCGUACUUAUGCUUGAAGUCAUUAGUGGCCAAAGCAGUUCCAAGUCAAAUUGGGGCAGAGAAAAUAAACUUCUUCUCGAAUGGGCUUGGCAAUUGUACGAGGAAGGGAGAUUGUUAGAGUUAGUGGAUACGGAAAUGGGAGAAUACCCCGAAGACAAGGCUUUAAGGUUCAUAAAAGUAGCUUUCUUCUGCACCCAAGCAAGUGCUCACAGAAGACCGCUAAUGAGUCAGGUCAUCGAAAUGAUGUCUACAAAAGCACGAUUGAACGAGAAGCAGUUAUUAGCCCCAGGGUUUUUUCCUGAUACUGGUGGUACCCAGAAAGAGAAGGCGUCUGUUGGUUCGAGCUCUCUUCAUUUUAGCUCUGCUCCCUUCACCAUCAUCACUGAAGUUACUCCCAGAUGAAGAAUGCAGUUCGUAGAAUUCUUUCAUUGUUUCUUCAACGUAUAGUCUCAUUGGUUAUGGUACGCCUUUGUAAUUAUAUAUAUAUAUAUA